AUGUAUGUAACAAGACCUCGAUCUUUGUACAAAAGGGAUCCUGAAGCUCUUGGACAUGAACCAGAGGGACCAAAUUCAGGCUACCUAGUACUUCAAGACCAAGAUGCUGAGACUUACGGAUGUUUUGGCUUGUGGAAGAACGGCAUCGUUAUUUUCAUUCCUGUUCUUAAUCAGCCUCUUUCUUCUAAUCGCUGCUAUGUCAUUCGAAGGAAAGGGAGGCGUCAAGGUGAAGUGAGCACAUGUUCAAAGGAAGAAGACAUGGGGACAUGUUUGUGCUGCACUUACAUCAAAGACGUCAAAUCAAAACCUCUGAAUUUGAAUCCAUCUGAUGAAUAUCAACAAUUUCAGAUAAUGCAAAAGGGUUGGAGAUUUCGAGCCAAGUCUAUUGUCUCAGAUGGGUUUGCUCCUCAGUCUUGA